UGAGGGGAAUUUACUUCAAGGGUUUUUUUGUUCGGGAAAUGGAAAAGCUAGCUACUUUAGCGUCAGCUUUUCUAUGUGGGUCUCUUUUUCUUUGUUUUUAUGGAACAGUUAGUGGCGCUUACGUGAAGUACAACACUGGAACAGGAGUUGUGCCAGGGAAAUUGAAUGUUCAUUUGGUUCCGCAUUCCCAUGACGAUGUCGGAUGGUUGAAGACAAUUGAUCAGUACUAUGUUGGAUCAAACAACAGUAUCCAGGGGGCUUGCGUGGAGAAUGUGUUGGAUUCGGUUGUGGAAGCUUUGCUGCGUGAUCCUAAUAGGAAGUUUGUGUUUGUGGAAAUGGCGUUUUUCCAACGAUGGUGGGUAGAACAAAGUGUGGAAACACAAGGAAUAGUGAGAAAACUUGUAGAUGCAGGACAAUUGGAAUUCAUAAAUGGUGGUUGGUGUAUGCAUGAUGAAGCAACAUGCCAUUACAUAGACAUGAUUGACCAAACAACUUUAGGUCAUCAGGCGAUAAAGGAGCAGUUCAACAAAACCCCUCGCGCUGGAUGGCAAAUCGAUCCAUUUGGACACUCCGCCGUGCAAGCUUACCUUCUUGGGGCUGAGCUUGGAUUCGAUUCUGUACAUUUUGCAAGAAUAGAUUAUCAAGACAGAGCAAAACGGAAGAAUGACAAAUCUCUUGAAGUUAUAUGGCGUGCUUCCCAAACUUUUGGUUCUACAUCUCAGAUUUUUGCCAAUGCAUUUCCAGUUCAUUAUAGUCCCCCAAAUGGUUUCCAUUUUGAAGUGAAUGAUGACUUCAUGCCUGUUCAGGAUGAUCCUUUACUAUAUGACUACAAUGUUCAACAGCGGGUUAAUGAUUUUCUUAAUGCUGCAAAAAUUCAAGCAAAUGUGACUAGAACAAGCCAUAUAAUGUGGACAAUGGGUGAUGACUUUCAGUACCAAUAUGCUGAGUCUUGGUUCAAGCAAAUGGACAAAUUGAUUCACUAUGUUAACAAGGACGGUCAAGUUAAUGCAUUGUAUUCUACACCAUCAAUCUAUACUGAUGCAAAAAAUGCAGCAAGUGAAUCAUGGCCUCUGAAAACUGAUGACUAUUUCCCGUAUGCAGAUGGGGCAAAUUCUUACUGGACUGGAUUUUUCACUAGCCGACCAGCCUUGAAGCGAUAUGUCCGAGUGCUGAGUGGUUAUUAUUUGGCAGUGCGGCAACUGGAAUUUUUGGCUGGAAAAAGAUCCAAGGGUCCUAACACUUUCAGCCUGGGAGAUGCUUUAGGAAUUGCACAGCACCACGAUGCCGUCACUGGCACUGCUAAACAGCAUACAACAAAUGACUAUGCAAAACGCUUGGCCAUUGGAGCCUCUGAGGCAGAAGCUGUUGUAAAUACUGCCCUUUCAUGCCUGGUUAAAAACAAAUCAAGAGAUGAAUGUGUGGAGACUGCAAUUACAUUAAGUCAGUGUCAACUACUCAAUAUCAGUUUCUGCCCGCCGACAGAGGGAGAUAUUCCAGAAGGGAAGAGUUUGGUUAUUGUGGCAUAUAAUCCUCUUGGAUGGAACCGUACUGAUGUUAUUAAGAUACCGGUUCCCGACGCCAAUCUUGUCGUGCAAGAUUCUUCAGGCAAUACCAUUGAGGCACAAUAUAUCAGUUUAGAUAACGUUACAAUCAACUUAAGAAACUUCUAUACAAGGGCUUAUUUGGGACUGUCUCCAAAACAAGUCCCUAAGUACUGGCUUCUCUUUCAAGCAUCAGUGCCGCCGCUUGGUUGGAACACAUACUUCAUUUCAAAAGCAUCUGGCAAAGGGAAAAGCAAAAAUGGAUUCAUCUCCAUGAUGGACAGUCCACAGAAUGAGACCAUUGAAAUUGGACCUGGCAAUCUGAAGAUGUCCUUUUCUUUGACUUCUGGACAACUCAAACGUAUUUACAAUACUAAAACAGGGGUCGAUUUACCAAUACAGCAGAGCUAUCUCUGGUAUGGUUCAAGUUCGGGUGGCAACGAUGGCCAGGCAUCUGGUGCAUAUAUUUUUCGGCCUAAUGGGUCCCCUCCAAAUAUUGUAUCACGAUCAGUGCCCUUGAAGGUCGUUCGUGGACCACUGCUCGACGAGGUUCACCAACAGUUUGAUUCAUGGAUCUACCAGGUUACCAGACUAUACAGAGACAAAGAGCAUGCAGAAGUUGAAUUCACAAUUGGUCCAAUUCCCUUGGAAGAUGGCAUUGGUAAAGAAGUCAUCACAAGAAUGACGGCUAAUAUGGCCACAGACAAGGUGUUUUAUACUGAUUCUAAUGGAAGAGACUUUCUGAAACGGGUUCGUGAUUAUAGAGCAGACUGGCCGCUUACAGUUACUCAACCUGUAGCAGGAAACUAUUAUCCACUUAAUCUUGGAAUUUAUACAAUGGAUAAGAAAUCUGAACUCUCUGUCUUGGUUGACCGUGCAACUGGUGGAGCCAGCAUCGAGGAUGGAGAAGUAGAGCUAAUGCUCCAUAGGCGUAUGCUCCAUGAUGACUCUAGAGGAGUGGGUGAAGCAUUGGACGAAAGCGUGUGCGUUAACAAAACAUGUGAAGGAUUAACUGUUCGGGGUAAUUAUUAUAUUAGCAUUAACCAGCUAGGGGCUGGAGCACGCUGGCGCCGAACAACUGGCCAAGAAGUUUACUCACCUUUUAUUUUAGCUUUCACGCAUGAGAAAUUGGAGGACUGGACAGCAUCUCAUUUGACAAAAGCAACUUCCAUAGAUCCAAACUACAGUUUGCCUAUCAAUGUUGCUUUGAUUACUCUUCAGGAGUUGGAUAACGGAAGUGUGCUCCUUCGUCUGGCGCAUCUAUACGAGGCGGGGGAAGAUACCGAGUAUUCAAAAUUGGCUAAGGUUGAAUUGAAGAAGAUGUUUCCAGCAAAAAUGAUAAAAGAAGUGAAGGAAAUGAGCUUGUCAGCAAACCAAGAGAAGUCAGAGAUAAAGAGGAUGGCGUGGAAAGUUGAGGGAGACAACAGACAAGAACCUACCCCAAUUAGAGGUGGUCCAAUUGAUUCAACUCUUGUUGUUGAGCUUGGUCCUAUGGAAGUUCGCACUCUCUUGUUGAAGUUUUAGGAGUUGUGUCUUUAUAUAUUCUUUUGGACAGGACACAGCAAUAUCUGUUUCUUAUGGCAGAUUAAAUAAAUUAAUUAAUAAAUGUCUCUUAUGGCAGACGUUUUUGCACUUCUGUCUGUUUGUUCAAUGUAAAAGAUGGUCUUCAAUAUUACUGUUGAGU